GCCAUGGUAAGGACGUCGAGCCGUCGAGUAAAGGUGUGAAGUAACAAUUUUCAAAACGCAUCGAAAAUGACAACUUUGCAAUGCACCAAUCCCAGUCUCUGGAUGGGAGACCUGGAUCCAUUUAUGGAUGAGAGUGUAAUCCGUAAUGCCUUUUCCGCGAUGGGUCACACGGUGUCAUAUAUUAAAUUUCUUAUUGACAAGAAAACAGGUCAACCUGCUGCGUACUGCUUUGUGGACUUCGGUGAAACUCAAUUAGCUAAGAAAGCCUUUCAUGCCUGUAAUGGGAACAAGAUGCCGGGUGUUUAUCCAGUGAAAAAGUUCAAGCUCAACUUUGCAUUUUCUGGUGGCUGGGCAACAAAAGACAUGGGCUCAACUUCUCCACUAACAUCGCACGGCGACUUUUCCAUUCACGUUUCCAACCUAUCCCCGGAUGUUACGGAUGCCCAACUUCUGGACUACUUCAGCGGAUCAGGCAGAUUCAAAUCAGUUAAAAACGCCACAGUCGUUAGGGACGGGGCAGUUUCUCGAGGAUACGGGUUUGUGCGAUUCCAGUUAGACAAUGACGUCGUUGAAGCUAUCAAAUUAUUCAACGGAGCAGCAGGUUUGGGGACAAAAGCGAUCAGGGUCGGACGAGCAACACCCUUCACACCAAAAAGUGGCCCAGCACCAUAUCAACAACAGCAGCAGCAGCAGCAGCAGCAACAACAUCAAGGAAACUACCCACCACCCCAGCAGUACUAUCAGACCCCACAGGAGCAGUCGGCACAUCUCUCUGCUCAGUACGAUUCUGGGUAUGGCGCCAGUUAUCACCAAUAUAAAGAGUCAUCAAACACCGAAACCAAUAAGACGGUGAAGGAAUCUGGAGACGCCCCUGUCAGCGCUACUGAUGAAGAUGAAGAAGAUCCAUUAGUGGAUCCAGAAAUAACAAUCGAUGUUGAUAAGUCCAAUCGUCUCAUCUUGGAGAGAGGUGAAGAGCUUUACAACGCCUUAGAUGACUCGAGGUGGCAGGUUGUCGACAGCAUCACAAUGACAUAUGAUGACCUCUGUAAAGCAUAACUCGUUAAUAUUAGGGCUUGUUUGUUUGUUUGUUUGUUUGUUUAGAUGAUCUUCACGUAAAGGGAACUCGGCAAACUCCCAACAAGGUGAUAUAAACACCAAGCUGGCAACGGCCAAUCUCUCUCAUGCAAACAUUAGUCGGUUCAACGUCUAUGAUUUUGAAUUGCACCAAGAAAAUAGCGAUUCAGUAAAUAGACAACAGUACUUAUUCUUGUCAUUGUGAUAUCAGCGAUGAGCAUGGUGGAUUCGAUCCCGCAACCUUGUGCUUGCAAGCCCUGCAGUUUAAACAAUUCACCACAGUGACCAGGGUUGUCUGUUGCCAUUGUCCUGUUGUCACCAAUGUGUUUCCGGGUUUUCGUUCAACUUGCUCAAUGUGGGGACCUAAUAGUAGUCUGUGUGGACUUCUUGGAAAUUUUCGGCAGUGACCCGACUGGACUCCUUGUCGCUGCUGGGUUAUUUGUGGUAAUCGGGCAGGUAUCCAGUUACUUUUUUGCGGAAGUUGAAACCUGGGGCCAGGUUUUGAAUCGCAAGCUGAUUGCUAAUGAUACCUCGCACACAUCGGGUGGACGCCAGGCCAACAGGUAACAAAUAAGCACACAGUCUAUCACACAAAGGCAGGACAUCAGAGUUGGACCCCAUUUUUCGUCAUGGCAGCAUGCGGGACACUUUUUAAUUGCGACUGCGAUCACUUUAUCGUGCGAUCAGGAAAACCUGACGUUGGUGGUCCGGGCAUUAAAACCUGCCCACCAUAAGUCUGUUUGCGCGUAAGUGCUGAAUCUUACGUGAAGCGGUUAAAAAAUUACACUCGUUUACUUGUGAUUCAGACUGGAUCUGUCCCAGUCUUUAUUUGCCAGCCAGGAUAUGAAUAUGAGCCUGAUGUUUCUGUAUUGAAGGAUCACAAAAAUGGAAAUAUCGUCAGUAGAAACAUUCCACUUAUAAUGUAUCACCAUGACUACAUUUUAGAGAGACUGGACACUAUUGGUAAUUGUCAAAGACCAGUCUUCUCACUUGCUGUAUCUCAACAUAUGCAUAAAAUAACAAA